AUGGGAAAGUAUGCAACCGCAACCAUAGCCAAGGUCGAAGCCUGCUGUGCACUUGACCCGGAGCACGAACUCGUGGCAAGCCUAGCUUACAAGACCUCGGAGGUGCUAGACCUCGACCCGCCCAACCUCCAGGUAAACGGCGUAUCCAGCAGAGCCGAGCCACCGAGCCAGGACAUCGACGCGUCGAAGCACCUCCUCCUUGUGAAGUUCGGUGUCACAGUUUGGUACCCACCCAAACCGCCUAAGGCGGACAACAAAAGCCAGUGGGUUGGGUACCAAAACUGCGGCGUGAAAGUGCACCGCGAGGCUAAGGAAGAAUACGGCCGGAUGUACCUGCGCCGGCGCGAGGAUGCAAUUGGUGAAAACCAAGUGUAUCAGUGCCGGUGUAAGUACCUUCUGCCCACACUUCGUCCAGACCCGAAAGAAGGUGUGGCCAAGCCAGGCUUCUGGAGGGUGGAGGAGCUGGUCCUGAAGGGACGGCUCUGA